GCAAGGAACAAUAAACAAAAGCAACAAGGGAACAACAACAGCUACCACAUCUACUUCCACUGUCUCACACCACCUCUGAGGAUGGCCUCCACUCGCGCCACCGCACGCUCCGGCGGCUGCGCGCGCUGCCGGGACUCUGAGCCGGCUGCCGAGGGCGCGGAGGGCUCCAGCGCCUGCCGCCAGUGUGGACGCCUGCUGGCGGACGCGCGGUCGGGCUGCUCCUCCCCUCUGACGGUUCCCGCGGCUGGCGCGGCGGCAGCGUCUGCCCCGGCGGCCACCGGUAGGGGAGGGAGGGUGAUGACGAGAUUCCGGAGACAGGCGCAGGCGAAGCAGGGCGGAGUGCCCAAAGGGAAGGGACGCAGGAUCAUCUUCAAGAAGAGCGCAGUGAAGGCUCCUCUGGCGGUGGCGACGCCGGUCACGUCCAAUUACCUCUUCCACAAGGGAAUCUACUACCAGGUAGGGGAUAUCGUGUCGGUGGUCUCUUUGGAGGGGGAUAUCUACUACGCGCAGAUCCGCGGCCUACUACAGGACCAGUACUGCGAGAAGUCGGCGGUUAUAACGUGGCUGCUUCCUACUACGGAGAGUCCGCCGCCUGAGCAGGGCUUCGACCCGGCUACCUACACCAUUGGCCCCGAUGAGGAGAUCCCGCGCUGUCUCGCCUGUAUGGAGCUGGUAUGCAGCGCGCCGUCCGACUACUUCAAGCAGAGACACUCGCCCUACCCCACACCAGCCACCGGCGCUGGCCGGACGGGGUUUGUUUUUACAAGACUGGGGCCGGUCGCUAUUCCAGCCGACAGGGCCCGACAGUAUAUGGUGUGAGGGGGAGGGAGGGGAUUCCAGUCGACAGAGCCCGACAGUAUAUGGUGUGAGGGGCGGGGGUUCCAGCCGACAGAGCCCGACAGUAUAUGGUGUGAGGGGUGGGGGUUCCAGUUGACAGAGCCCGACAGUAUAUGGUGUGAGGGGUGGGGGUUCCAGCCGACGGAGCCCGACAGUAUAUGGUGUGAGGGGGGGGGGGGGUUCCAGCCGACAGAGCUCGACAGUAUAUGGUGUGAGAGAGUGGGCGGGGUUGGGAGACUGUAUGAACGACAGUAUAUGGUGUGAGGUUAGCUACACCGACAGUACACAUAUGAUGUAAGUGUGGCUGUACGCUAGUCCAGCCAGACCUAGCCAGCGAGCCUGAACUGCCAGAACUACAGUGCAGUAUUUCAUGAUUGUGACGUGGAUGUCGAUGUGACCGAAAUAAGUGAGUGACCCAAGGUGGGUGAAGUGCGACUGCUCGUAGUUUUUGCCCUUCAAAACUUGCUAGUUUCACGUGGGUAUGUGCUGAAUAGCGUGAUGUGAUCUCUCUCUCUCAUGUGUUUGCAUGUGUUAUUUAUGUCUCACCUCAUCUAAAUAAGUUAAUAAACGCAUCUCCAUCACCACA